AUGACGAAUCCUCUACGUGAUGCACGCCCCGAGGAUCGGCCUCCAGGCUUAGACUACCCGGACCCGAGACUGAUACGGAACGGGCAUCCGGCUCACCAAGGGAACACGGUGCAUCAGAUCGGUGCCACGAGGAUCAGGAGGACAAGGAACUCUUCCUUGAGAAGAAGAAUGCACCUGGCUAAUGAAGUCCCACAGCAAGGAUCCGCUGGUGGGAACAAUUUGUCGGACUAUGCGAUCACCGCGGAUCUGCUCGCUGAAAGAACCUUGGACGGACUGUUCGCUGAGCAUCCUGGCGAACUGGUGCGAACAGGUUCCCCCCACGUGGUCUGCACUGUGCUACCAGCACACUGGAGGUCGAACAAGACGCUUCCGGUUGCGUUCAAAGUGGUGGCCCUGGGCGACGUCGGUGACGGGACCCUGGUGACGGUGCGUGCCGGGAACGACGAGAAUUGCUGCGCGGAAUUGCGGAAUUCCACGGCGGUGAUGAAGAACCAAGUCGCGAAAUUCAACGACCUCAGGUUCGUCGGCAGAAGCGGUCGAGGUAAAAGUUUUACCCUGACGAUCAUGCUGCAGACAUCGCCGCCCCAGGUAGCCACCCUGUCCAAGGCGAUCAAGGUCACCGUCGACGGACCCAGGGAACCAAGAUCCAAGACAAGACACCAGGCCUUCCAUCCGUUCCAUUUCGGGCCCAGGCCGUUCCCGUUCGGUCAUCCACAGGACCCUUUGGGAUUCAAGUUGUCCGGCCUGCAACACCUGGGUCUGGAGCAAGGAGCCAGCCAAGGGUGGGGUGGUCUACCCCGAGGGUCUCUACCUCCGCACUGUCUUCCGCCGCCUCCUGGUCACCAUUCGCAUACACAUCCUCCGGCACCUGGUGCGUCGGCCUUCAAUCCCUUCCACCACAGCAUCGAGCAAAGAUCUCCUAGGCUGCCUGGACCCAACACCGAGUCGUCUAGGAACGAUUUGGGUCCGAUCAGCGUCUCUGUGAGGGAGGUGACGCCGACAUCGUCACCUGGUAAUUCUGGACCUGGUUUGCUUACUACGGCCACCGUCGCGGCGCCCACACCACCGGCUGAGACGACGACUACCACAACGACGACGCCCAGCCCAUCCGGGCAUCACUCUCAUUUCCAAGGUCUCCAUCUUCUGGGAGCCACAGGGUCCAUCUUCGGAUCGAUAUUCGCGCCGUUGUUGCCGCAGUCGUCUUGGCUCUACAAUCCACUAUAUCACACGCAGCAGUACAUGCUAGAGCCGGAAUGGCACGCUCUGGCCUUAAGAAUGGCGCAGCAACGACUUCAGAGGCCCGAUCAAGCCAGGCUGGAGGAGCUCAGGAAGCUACGAAGCAACAGCAACAGUCCUGAAACCGUUCUGAAGGAGGAGAAACAGCAGGACGAGGAUCAGGACGUUCUGCGAGGCACAGGCUUGGACAGUCCAGACGGGAGCAUAGAAGUGGACGACAGGAACGAGUACGAUCAGACCAGGGAUCGUGUCAGGAGCGACGAAUCACUACCUGAACAAGACUCCCCAAGGAUUUCACCAGUCAGAAGCGACGUCGAGGACGCCACCACCGAUGCUUCCUUUCAAAACGCAUCGGUUCACCUCAGGCCAAGCAUGGAGAACUCUAACGAUCAAGAAGCAACGAACGACGAACAGAUCCCUCGACGAGAUCUUUCCGUGAAGAUCCGUUUAGAGGGUACCGUGGACCUCAGCACGAAAAGAGGACAGGACAAAGAGAACGUGGGUCAAGAUCUAACCACCAGGAAGAAGGAUGACGACACUGACGUCGAAAGGGACGGAGUCAGACCCAGAAGAGAAAGGACCCCGAAGCCUAGACACGUCUGGAGACCCUAUUAA